AUGGCGAUCAAGCACAACCAGCAAAUUGCCCACAACCAUUUCCGAAAGGAUUGGCAAAGACGAGUUAGAGUUCACUUCGACCAGCCUGGCCGAAAACUCAGACGUCGCAAUGCUCGUCUUGCGAAGACAGCAGCUGUCGCUCCACGACCAAUCGAUUUGUUGAGACCAGUUGUUAGAUGCCCAACCAUCAAGUACAACAGACGUGUACGAGCUGGUCGUGGUUUCACCCUCGCUGAAUUGAAGGAGGCUCAAAUUCCCCGCAAGCUCGCCCCUACGAUCGGUAUCUCCGUUGAUGCUCGCCGCCAAAACCUCUCAGUCGAGUCCCUCAAGGCCAACGUCGACCGCCUCAAGUCCUUCCGUGCCCGCCUUAUCCUUUUCCCACGCAAACUUGGUCAACCUAAGAAGGGUGAUUCCACCAAGGAAGAGGUUGCAUCCCUCAAGGAGACCAGCAGCCGUGUCAAGAACACCCUGCCAAUUACCACCGUCGAGGGUGGAUUCUCAGAGAUCAGCAAGUCCGACAUGCCAAAACCAGUUGAGGGAGGUGCAUACAGAAAGUUGCGGGUUGCAAGAAGUGACGCUAGAUUGGCCGGUAAGCGUGAAAAGAGAGCAAAGGAGGCAGCUGAUGAGGCCGCUGCUGCUAAGAAAUAA